AUGGCUGACAACAGUAUAGCCGAUAGUAUUCGUGAAUUUUAUUCAAUGUACGACAAAAUUGUUGACAAACUAUUGGCCAACGAAUCGCUGGGCUCAGACAUCCAAGUGCUGAGACCUGUACUCAAGAAAAUGUAUGACUAUUUGAUUCAACGCCAAGAUUUUGACGAUUGUCUCGAAAUACUGAUAACAACUUAUCGUAUACUAAGUGGUCAUAAAACAAUUAGUASCCGUUUUGACCUGGAGUUAGACCGRCCACURUAUCCGCUACUGUGGGCACUGGUAUUUGUGAUGGCACACGACGACACCCACGAAGAUAUURUCGACGGAUCCGACACACGUAACGGUCAGCCGUGUUGGCACACAUUACCCACUAUUGGUAUGUCAGCCGUUAACGACACUACAAUUUUGGUGUCGACAGCCUAUAAAAUAGUCAAACUUUAYUAUAGAGAUCAUCCAAAUUAUAUUGAAAUGAUUGACAUCAUUAGCAAGUGUAUAGAAAAUACAGCUUAUGGUAGACUGUUGGACGUGCAAUUUACACGUGCAAACAACAAGCAUGAUCUAAAAACAUUUACCAUGGACAAUUACAGAUUGCUUAAAAAAUACAAAUAUGGCUAUUUUACAAUAACAACAUUUCUAUUGGUAUUUACGUGCGUACCGGACAAUCAAUUGAUUAAACAUUUGUCGACCGAAAUACUAGACAAUAUGGUCGAACCAGUGGGCAGUUUGUUAGGCGCCAUCAACGAGUUGGGUCGGUUGGACACAUUGGACACCGAUAUCGAGUCUGGAAAAUGCACCUGGCUAUUUGUGCGGGCAUUGCAAUUGGCUGGCAAUUCAGCCGAUAGCCAACAACAGUCAAAAUUGUUGGCCAAUAACUAUGGCAUCGGCAAUGACCCGAUAGCUGUUCAAUGUAUUAGACAUUUGUAUCGAGAUUUGAAUGUUGCCGACGAUUUGGUUGUGUAUAUCAAACACGAAUUGAAUGGUUUGCAAGAAAAAUGUCGGGAUAUUACUGGCGAUGAAACCCUCAAACUAUUUAAUAUAAUUAUAUGA